AUGAAAAGUUAUAUAAGUCUAUUUAUUUUAUUUAUCUCAACACUCAUCAUAGUUGCAGUAUCACAACAGUCGCAGUCACAAACAAUCUAUGUCAAUAUAGCAUCAACCAACACCAGUCAGACUUGUGGAUCAGACAAUACACCAAUCAACGCAUGUGCUGAUUUGACGAGCGCGUUUGCGGCAUUUGUCGGCAGCAACACGAGUGUUGACAGUAACGGUACAUACGUCCCACUGACAAUCAUCAUGUCACCAGGUACCUACACAGGCGACCGUAAUGCCAACUUGACCAUCUACAACCAAACAGUGACCAUCACAACCGCCAGCACCACCGACAAUGUCACCAUCGAUCUGACCAACAACAACGCACUCUACUUUAUCUCGACAGAUCUACCCGAGUCACUUGGCAAUGUAUCGCUGACCGACAAGACAGUAGUCACACUCAAAGGUCUCAAUGUAGUCAAUUUUUUCACGCCCAACGUGCAGACCACCGACACUGGUGUCAUCAUAUCGGCCAACUCUAGCGCAUCGACUGUCUUGACACUCGAGUCAUACAUUACCCUCAACACGGUAUCCAAGUAUGGCCAGAUCUACGCCACCGACGCGUCGAUCGUCUACCUGUCCAAUACUACCUUUGUCUCCAACAUUGCUGCCAACGGCACAUCCAUCAGCUCGCUGUCAGGUUCGACCUUUUACAUCGCCGAUGUCAUGUUUUGGAGCAAUAUUGCUCGUGACUCUGGCGGUGCAAUCUAUGCAACCGACCAAUCAGUCUUCCACAUCAACAAUACCGAUUUUGAAUACAACAAGGCUGCCAACAAUGGUGGAGCUAUUUUCAUGAGUGCCUGUGCAUUCACAAUGUCCAAUGUCACAUUCAACACCAAUACUGCCAAUAAUGGUGGUAUGGUAUCUUGUACCAACGCGUCGACCAUUCUCUUUGACAAGGUUAUUACCAACGGACUCAACAAUGACACUUCGACCAACAAGACCUCACACAUUGUCGUUUGCGGACUCGGUGAAUGCACAGUGGACGGUACCUCUAAUACGGGAGGCACAUGUCCCAGUGACGACGACUCUGGCAAUGGUCUCUCCAACAAGGUCAUUGCCGCCAUCACCGUCGGUGUCGUCGCAGGUGUCGCUGUCCUCGGUUGCGUCAUCUUUGUCUUUUACAAACGUCGCAAAAAUCAAUUAAAAUAUGGUGGUGUAUGUUUGGCUGGAGGAACAGUAUAUGUUGAUCAAUCUAGUACAAAUACAGAUGCAACAUGUGGUAGCUCCGAAGAAGAUGCUUGUCAAGAUUUAGAGAGCGCCUUUGCAGUUUUAAUGGCCGAUGCAGACACUAGUUUGACCUCUAUAUUUGUUGCAAGUGGUACAUAUACGGGUGUAGCCAAUGGAAACAUUCAAUUCUACAAUCGUUCAGUUACCAUUUAUGGUAAUGGUGAAACUGUAUUUGACAUGACUGGUGUAACCCCCUAUUUCUUUAACUUGGCCCCUUCCUCUGACUCAAUGAUCACUGAAAAUGAUAAUACAGAGUUAACCAUUAACGAAAUCACCAUCAUCAACUUUGACGGCUCUUUAACCAACGGCUCAUUGUUUUACUCCUAUUCAGAAUCGGUCUAUGUGACAAUCAAUAUUCACAAUAGCAACUUUACCAACAUUACUGGUAGUAUUGCCUAUAUCAACAAUGUUGAAGGUUUUACAAUGCUAGGUUCAGUCAACUUUGACGGAUGUAUAUUCACCAAUGUAACCUCUACUACUCAACCAGCCAUUCAAACAUUCCUUGUCCAGACUACCAUCAUUUAUUGCACAUUUACUCAAAAUGAUGCCAGAUACCUAAUCUAUGUAUCAUUUGGUGCGCUCACAGUCACCAAGAAUGUAUUUACCAACAAUAACUUUACCAAUCUCAGUGUCGGUGCUUUAAUCUGUGGUACAUACAUUAGAUCGUAUCCAUUUGUUGUAACAUCCAACAUCUUUGACAAUAACCAAUUGUAUGGGUCUGCCAUCUUAUCAUAUACCAGUUUAAUGGUCAGUAUCAAGAAUAAUGUAUUUUCAAACUCCCAAAGCAAUGCUGUCAUUUGUGGUAGUAGUGAUAUCACGAUCAACAACUGUACAUUCACCAACAACACUGGAAAUACAUACGGUCAAGUUCAUAGUACUGGAUAUUGUAACGUCGAUGUACUCAGCUCUAAUUUUACCUCCAACUCUGCCCAAAAUGGUGCUGCCAUCUCUUCACUCCCAACUGGAGCAUCCACUACCAUCUCUGCAUCAUCCUCCAACUUUAUCAAUAAUACUGCAGUUAAUGGUGGAGCCAUCUAUAUGGGACAGACCGUUGCCACCCUUCUCAACGUUGUCCUCAACCAAAACAAAGCAUCUGGUGGUGCCAGUACUGGUGGUGCUAUCUACAUUUACCAAAAAAGUGAUAUUUCUUUUAUCAAUGUUACUCUAAACAAUAAUGUUGCUAUUAGUGCUCCUUCAAUUUAUUGUGAUGGUAAUUCAAGAUUAUUUUUUGGUGAAAACGUAAAUGGAACAGGAAAUGUUGAUCAUAACAAUCAACAAUCACCACUAGUUGUUUGUGAUGGAGUAGAUGGAGGGUGUUCCGUUUCAGGUGAUAUUGAAGAUGGAGUUUGUGGAAAGGAGUCUGGUUCAUCUGCUCACAACAGCAAUAGCGGUACCAAUACCAUUGCAUCAAUGAUGGGUACUCUAAUUAGUGUAAUUACAAUUGUCGCUCGUUUGGCUUAA